UUAUUUAUUUAUUUGUUAAGUAGCCCUGUAAUAACUGGGAUAAUGUGCAGUAAGCUGGUCAUUAUCACAAAAUAACCCCCUUCAGGGUGAUACAAGACACCUCUUGAUCAGCCCGUCGGAGUUCUUUUGCAAUAAUGACCGGCUGACUACGUAGAUUAUCCCUUACUUAGAGACGCCGAACUGUCAGCAACUCUCUUUCACAUGCAAAGCGCCGCUAAUACGCUGCUCAAAGUCUAAUCCAAUCAUCAAACCGCCCGUAUCCUAAUGUCACAGCUCUCCUGGGGAUAUGCAUGCCAUUUCAUCUCAUCUCAAAAAUCCAUUGUUUGUGCAACAGACUGGGGCUGUCAAUACAAAGCCUCCUCUUUCACCCUCACACACACACACACACACACACACACACUGGAGCGGCUGGGCUGCAUCUCUAGCAGGGCAUCUCUUUGAUUCCGCUCCCAGAGCGUCAAUGUGUGCUGCUCCUAGCGUCGGAGCAUCGCAAGCACAUUAGUCACCUUCCAACCUCUGCAACUCGAGCUCAGGCAGUCGAUCCCACUUCAAAAAGCCUGCUGAGAAGGGAAACGGCCCGCCUUCAUUUCCCGUGCCCGUUUACAACGCUGACCUCUUGGUGGCGGUCACAAGCGAAAGAUAGGAGACUAAUCAUAAAACACAAGGCGGCUCGUUGUGCCGUGGCACAGUCGGGGUAAUCUGCCUCCGUGAGCGGAAUAAACCCCAGCGAGUGCCGCCUGUGAUGUGGAUCGUCGCGCUUGCUCGACAGAACAUUGACAGAAUCCUGCGCGGAGCUUAAGGAAGGCAGGCGAGCUCUGAAAACGAAAGUGACCCAGUGCUGGUGGUGGUCGGGUACGCUGUCAUUUCGAGAGGAAUGCAUCUCUUCAGUGCCAUGUUCCUGCUGCUGAUGUUAUCUACUAUACCCUGCGAGGCCCUGUAUCCGAGCCCAGAGGAGGGCUGGCAGAUCUACAGCUCGGCACAGGACGCAGAUGGGAAAUGUAUCUGCACAGUUGUGGCUCCAGCACAAAACAUGUGUAAUCGAGACCCACGCAGCAGACAGCUCCGUCAGCUUAUGGAGAAGGUUCAGAAUAUCACUCAAUCCAUGGAGGUGCUAGAUCUGAGGACGUACAGAGACCUGCAGUAUGUGAGAGACACAGAGAACCUCAUGAAAACAGUGGACGGCAAACUGAAGACUGCCUCUGAAAAUCCACGCAGCCUCAACCUCAAGAGUUUUCAGGAGUUAAAGGACAAGGUUACUCAGCUGCUUCCCCUGCUGCCAGUGCUGGAACAGUACAAGGCAGAUGCAAGAAUGAUCCUUCGCCUGAGGGAGGAGGUGAGGAAUCUGUCUCUGGUACUAAUGGCAAUUCAAGAGGAGAUGGGAGCCUAUGACUACGAGGAGCUCAGGCAGCGAGUGCUACUGCUGGAGACUCGCCUGCACUCCUGCAUGCAGAAACUCGGUUGUGGGAAGCUAACUGGCGUCAGUAACCCCAUCACCGUCCGCGCUUCAGGGUCAAGGUUCGGCUCCUGGAUGACUGACACAAUGAUCCCCAGCUCCGAUAAUAGGGUGUGGUCAAUGGACGGUUACUUUAAGGGACGUCGUGUGCUGGAGUACCGCACAAUGAACGACUUCAUGAAAGGCCAGAACUUUGUGCAGCAUCUCCUGCCCCACCCUUGGGCUGGUACGGGUCAUGUGGUGUACAACGGCUCCCUCUACUACAACAAAUACCAGAGUAACAUAAUCAUCAAGUACCACUUCCGAUCCCGAAGCAUCCUGGUGCAGCGCAGCCUUAGCGGUGCAGGCUACAACAACACCUUUCCCUACUCCUGGGGUGGAUCAUCUGACAUCGACCUCAUGGCUGACGAGAAUGGGCUAUGGGCUGUCUACACCACUAUUCCCAAUGCUGGAAACAUCGUCAUUAGCCGUCUGGAGCCACAAAGCCUGGAAGUGCUUCAAACGUGGGACACAGGCUUCCCUAAACGGAGCGCCGGCGAAUCGUUCAUGAUCUGCGGCACGCUCUACGUCACCAACUCCCACCUGGCCGGUGCUAAGAUCUACUUCGCAUAUUACACCAACACCUCAACCUAUGAGUACACAGACAUCCCCUUCCAUAACCAAUACUCCCACAUUUCCAUGAUGGACUACAACCCCCGAGAAAGAGUGCUCUACACUUGGAACAACGGACAUCAAGUCCUCUACAACGUCACAUUGUUCCAGGUCAUCAAAACAGCUGAGGACUAGGUCAUGCAGACCUUACAAACACAUUGCUUAUACACAGAUGUACACACACUGAUAUGCCCACACACAUAUACACACACAUUUAUGUGGAGGAGGACAUGACUAAAGCUUAGACUUUUUUACUGCAUUCCAAACUUCAUAGAGUGCUAUUAUUCAUCUAAUGUUCUGAGGAGAGCAAGAUUGGUACUGGUACAUAAACUGAGCCUUUAUUUUCUUUCCUGUGAUGAUUCAGCAUGAGUACUUUCUUUUUAUUUGUGGAAAAAGAAUAAAUAAACAUCAAACUUUACCAUUUUCAAGUUUCACCUU